AGAUUAUAACACCUGCAUCGUUAGUCAAAUUCAGUAUGUGUACCACAGAGUGUCGUUAUUGCCGAGGGCCCGAGAGAACCGUCAGUCUUUUGUAGAGCUUCAGAAUCGAGGCAUCCAUGUUGUACAUUUCCAGUAACAACGUUUUCUUUUUAAGAGAUUAUAGCAGCGAUUUCUCGGUUUAAAGAUGGACAUCGACAGCGUGUGCUUUGAUCAACGCGACUUCGUCGACAUCGAGCAGUUCCAGGAGACCUUCGACAGCGAAGGCGCCAAGGGCAUCCACAAUCUCCUGCAGCAGAAACAGGACGAACUGAAGCUCCUCCCCCUCAACAUCGCCAUCAUCGGCUCCUCGGGCGCCGGCAAAUCCACCUUCAUCAACGCCGUCCGUGGUCUGACUUCAGACGAUCCGGACGCCGCGCCUACCGGCUGCGUGGAGACCACCCGGGAGGCGACCGCCUACGCGCAACCCGGCAACGACAUGCUCAAAUUCUGGGACCUCCCGGGUGUCGGGACUGACAACUUCCCGCAGGAUCGCUAUCUCGAGCUAAUCCAUUUCGACCGCUAUGAUUUCUUCUUAAUUCUAUCGGCGGUGCGGUUUACCGGGCUGGAUAUGUGGUUGGGCCGGGAGAUUCUCCAGUCGAACCGGCAGUUUUUCUUCGUCCGCACCAAGAUCGCCAUGGAUGUGUCCAAUGAUCGGCGCACCCGACCGCGGACGCACGAUGAGGAUGUGCUGUUGCGGACCAUCCGGGAGGAUAUCGAAAUGCAUCUGCGGAAGAAUCAAGCGCUGGCACCGAUUUUCCUGAUCGACAGUUUGCGGACGCGCCGGUUUGAUUUCAACCAGUUAGAGAUGCAGCUCAUCAAGGAUUUCCCGGCGAUGAAACGGCAAGCGCUCACACUGGCCAUGAACAGUUUGAGUGAAGACAUGAUCAAAGAAAAAAUCAAGGUUCUCCGCAGUGAAAUCUGGAAGAUCUCCAUGGUCUCCGCCGGGAUCGGAGCCGUGCCCAUCCCGGGCGUGUCCACCGUCAGCGACAUGGGCAUCGUCAUGUACGCCAUCGUGCGCUACCUGGCCAUCCUGGGACUGGACGACGCCUCGUUGAAACAGACCUCCAAACGCACCGGUCUGGAUUUCGGCAGUCUCACCGCCAUGGUGCACGACUGGUUCCCGCCGUCGCUCUUCGCCGUGGGCAGUCUCAAAGAACUGACGACCUUUGCCGCCUCGCGCGGCUUAUCCACGUACAUCACGGAGGCCACGAAACUGGUGCCGAUCUUUGGGCAGAUGUUUGGCGCCAUGGUCUCCUUCGGGAUGCUCUACCGGACUCUGCACGGCUUGCUGGAUGUGAUGGAGAAGUUGGCGCUGAAGGUCGCCCAGCUCAACCUGGAAGCGGCGGCUAGUGUGGAAGCGGAUAGUGAUGAUGACCUUUAGAUUAGAGGCACCUUUCCAAAAGGUGCGAUGACGAUAGCGAAAAAAGCACGGCAGUAGAUUUGUGACCGUUCCAGGUAUACUGUAAUUCAACCGGCUACUGCAGUGACGAAAAACAGUUGUAAAACCUCUUUUGUAUCAGUUUUUGCUUUAGUGUUACGGUAUUAGAAAGUCAUUGCAUCAUGCUGAACUGGUUUUUAUCUAUGUACUGCACUAGGUGAAUAACUUUCCAGAUUCGCAGUUGUAGAUCUACGUCACUGACAAUACAGAAUUAAACACAAUC